GCUCCCUCUUCGUUGCCGCUGGGCGGCUGGCAGCCUGCGGGCGCGCUCUUCGUCCUGGGUGCGCUGCCCUGGGACCAGGAAACUUGAGUUUUCGAGGCAUUUGUGGGCAGAGCUGCUUUCUCUGAUCAGCCCCCAGCUCCCUCCCCGCCUCGCGGAGACGUGGGCGAAGUCCUCGUUCCGGAGUCUGCGCCGUCGGCUAUCUGCCUUUGAGGAGGCAGCUCCUGCCGAGGGGCACUGCUCGGAGGCGCCCCGAAAGGCCUGCGCCGGGGUUCGCCGGCCUGGAAGCCCGGCGCCCCGGGUUACAGUCCUGACGCCGCCGCUUAGCCCAGCCGCUGUGCACCGGCACUGCCCCGGAGCCUUUGCCAGAUGGGAGCCGAUUAACGUCUGCUCCCGAGGAUUGUUGUGAAAAUCAACUAUGAUGACCGAACCUAAACAGAGCCCUGCCCCAGGAUGGAGACGGAUUGUAAUCCCAUGGAGCUAAGCAGUAUGUCAGGAUAUGAAGAAAAUGCAGAGCUUAAUGGUUUUGAAGGGACUGACAUGAAAGACAUGAGGCUAGAAGCUGAAGCAGUUGUGAAUGAUGUUCUCUUUGCCGUGAACACAAUGUUUGUCUCAAAAGCCCUGCGCUGUGCAGAUGAUGUGGCCUAUAUCAACGUGGAAACGAGAGAAAGGAACAGAUACUGCCUGGAGCUUACUGAAGCAGGGCUUAAGAUAGUAGGUUAUGCUUUUGACCAGGUGGAUGAUCACUUACAGAGUCCCUACCAUGAAACGGUCUACUCCCUGCUGGACACGCUCAGCCCCGCCUAUCGGGAGGCCUUCGGAAACGCACUCCUUCAAAGAUUGGAAGCUUUGAAAAGGGAUGGACAGUCAUGACUAAGCUUUUUCCUUUGAGAGGGGGUGGCUGCUGGUACAAAAUGUUGAUGUAAAGCUUGAAAUUCUUGCAUAAGGUCAUAGAAAAUGCAUCUUUGAUUUUGUGUCUUUAUCUUUUCUUGCUUCAAAUUUGGCUUUUGACAAGAACAUUAUUGAGUAAUGAAUCGUCUUUCUUAGUUCCUGAUUCAUGAAGGGAAUUGCUGUAAUACCAUCAUUAAGACAUUCACAUUUCUUCAUGUAGUAUCUCUGCAUUUCAAAACCAAAUCAGUGUUUCAUUCUGUUAUCCAGGACUUCGAUUGCUGCCAGCACUCUCUAUCACAUGGGAACUUCUGGAUUUGCACAGUAAUGUAGGAUUUAAAAGGACCUACAUGUAAACUUUGGUUCAGCUCGCUAAAUCAGGGGCUUACUCCUAACUUGGACUAACUUUGUAAUACUUCUUUUGGUACUAGCCUUACCGGAAACAAAUUAUCAACCAGUUUCCCCUGCACAAAAUUUGAAAUUCACUGAAUCACUUCAUCUAUUUAUAUUACUGAUAUGGACUGAUGAAGAUGAAUUAAAGAUAUAUUACUUAGCUAGUAUUCAAUGAACAACAGGGACUGAGAUAGUUCUGUAUUCCUUGUUUGCAACAGCCAGCGAACUAAGAGGACAACCGUUAGCAAAUGAAUGUAAUAACUUUCUCCAAGGUGUUUAAGCACAUAAGCAAAUACAGGAACAGGCUCCAUUCUUUUUCUUAACAAAAAGUAUCUUCAGUGUGUGGGAUUUAAAAGAAAGAAGAUUCUGAUUUGCUAAAAAACAGUCGUUUGGCCUGUGUUGAUUCUUAUUAUAAAUGUUUGUUUACAUGAUGUACAGUAUAUAUUCAGAAAGUAUUUUCGCCUCAGUGUUUACUUUCUAUAAUGUAGUACUUUGGUAUUCCCACAGCACCCUCCUUCCCAGCAGAUGUGCAAUGUUUCGUCUCAAUGCCAAACCCACAGUGUAAUCUGAGUGCAUUGUAUGGGUUUGAAAACCAAAGGAUGACGGAAGCAUUCCGAGACUUCAUAUUUGAAAAAGGGAGAAAUCUGUAUUUUAUAUUUUGUUACAAGUACUAAGAUUUAUAAACUUAGUAAACUGUACCAUGCUGCUGUGUGUUUUCAAAAACAUGUUGAAUAGUAAGGAUUGGGGAAGUUUUUUUAAUACUAAUAGUCAAAAGCAGCAGCUGUUAGAAAUGUUGAACUAGAAUUCUGCAUCUGAACACUCCUUCAGAAAUUGUCAUUCGCAGGCUUUGUUUUCUAUCAUUAUUAAGUAAUGGGUACUUUCAGGCUCUGAAGUUUUUGUAGACCAGAGCGAAUUAGAGUUUGGUUCCGUCACUGUUUAUUCCGAGCCCUAUUGGAAUGCUUUCAUUAUGGUUGAUAUGCAUAUUCAUUCUCAGCUUUGCUUUCAGAUGCUUAACUGUUUGGGCAGUGAAGUCUAACUUCAGGUUGAACAAUCUCAGGCUAACUGUAAAGUUUGGAUAAAAUUCUGUCUGUUCAUUUUGAGUUAAGUAUGCAGAAAAAAAUAACUGUAUGUUUAAAAGUUGAAAUUGUUCAUUUUGUGAUAAAUGAUUGAUUCCAAGA